UUCCGGGCGGGCUUGUCUGGGGACAAAUCCAAGUCCAGUUCGAGUGCUGCGCUACGGUGUGUGUGCUGCUUGCUGCGGAUGAGUUGAGCCUUGCCGCCUUUGAUACGGCAGGUCAGCUCAGGUUGUCUUUUAUUUUUUUAUUAUUCUUGUUUAUCCUCAUUGAACCCUCGUUCUUCACUUUCGUACUCAUUGCCUCACUUUUGAACCCCUUUUACAGUUUCUUUUUGUCCUGGUUUUGCUGCAUUUCUCUACGUCUAGCCUCUAAUUUUCUUGUUGCUCUUGUGCCUCUCUUGCGUUGCUGCCCAGCCUGUCACCCACGAUAAUUCCGCUAUUGCCUAGUACACACACGCACACACAGCUUACCGAACCUACCACGCUCGCUCGCGUCUUCAAGGCAAACACUGCCUCAACGGGCCACCGCAGAUCCGACCAGUUCGCCUACGUUUGUCGUCGGGACCGAUUCCUUCAUAUCAGACACCUGCGCUUGUACUGCCUAUGAUGCAAAAUAGUCAACCAAUUCAAUCCUGAUCCAUUCUCUUCGUCUCUUGUUCAACAGCUCCCUUGCUUAGUCGCCCCCGGCGCUUCCUGCAAGGAAUACAUACCAUCACAACCGCGCUUGUAUUUGGAAGAAUCACCAACACACACAUAAAUAUUACCAGCCACAAAAUGCUGUUAAGAAUACCCAGGAGUCUUUCAGCCAUAUCUGACCGAGACUUUCCCAGCGAUCCAGUCGCCGCACCAGGGAAGAUGCAUAUCAAAAGGGCGCAAGCAAACCAAGACGACCAUAGUCUCAAUGGUUCAACUGCAUAUAUUGUUGCGGCAAUCAUCUGCGGCAUUGUUGUGCUGGGCGUAUUAUGGAUCCUCAUCCGAAGUGUGCGCGCAAGACACCCCGAGCCAAAAUACAUCCCGACUCCGUUCCUAAAAGGUUUAUGGACCCGAUGGACGCCCUCGAAUUUGAACUACCAGCGGCCCGCCGCAGGAAGCGAUAAUAGAUGGGGAGGUGCAUCGCGCAACGGAUCACCCACAGCCGGCGGCAAUACGAACAGUCAGGAUAGUAGAGAGCCGAUGCGGUCAUCUCCCGGAGCCACUGCGGCUGUCGACCGUCAUGCCUCGGUGAGGUCGAUCAUGACCCUACCGGCGUACCGAACCAAGGCCAAUGAUGGAGAGGAGGUGCUGGGAGUGGCGGGCGAGCGUGACGGCAUCGACGUGGUGGUAGAGAUGCCUACAGCCGAGCAGGAAGAGGCCAUGCGAGACGAAGAGAUGGAUGCCCUCUUCCAGAUCCGCCAGGCGAGGCGGCGGCAACUAGCGGAGCGCGAGGAGAGGUAUGCCCGUCGCGAACAGGCUCGCAACGCCAACGACGCAGUGGCCAUGCGCGCUAUCCGCCACGAGCAACGGGAAGCCCGGGCCCAGAACACGGAGGAGAUCGAGGCGCUGCGUGUAAUACAGGAGCAAACCAAACUGGCCCGUCAGCGCGCCGUAAGCGCUGUCAGCUAUGCCGGCAUUGGCGAGGUGCGACACGACGGAACCAGAGCCCGCGCCAACAGCCACGAGAGCGAACGCACCGGACUGCUGAGUGACGCCGCCAGCAUCGCAGUAUCAUCCCGACCCCCCACGAGCCUCUCCGCCCGCACGCUCUCUUCACAGGGGAGGCAGCGGAGCGGCUCAGAGCUCAGCAUCGACACGGCUCGCAGCCGACCUGUGUCGCCUGGGUUCCCAACUGGAGGUUCCACGAUAUCGCGUGCAUCGUCUCGUUCGGUGACCCCCACAGUAACCCCACGCCGCAUGUCGCAUGCCGGCUCGAGUCCGGAGCUGAUCGACGCAGCAGAGGCGGACCUUGGCGAGGGGGGUACCUUGCCUCCGGAUUAUGAAGAGAUAAACAUCUCCGACGGUGCCUCCGCUUCGGUGCACAGUCUACCCUCGGGACGUAACACACCACUCCACGAGCCGCCCCCAGAAUAUACCGGUCCGGUCCGAAAUCCGGACUACCACCGCAUGUCACGACACGUGGCUGACCUCCUGGCGUCGAGGGGACCCGGCUCGACGCACAGCAGCCCGGACCUGGCAUCAAAUGGGCGUGGAAGCGGGAGCCCAAAUAACAGCAACCGCAGCACGCCGCAGCUGCCCAGCAUAAAUCUGCAAUCCGUGCCUCAGAUCGUCAUCGAGCCUUCAACGGCAACAUCGCCCCGCCGUCAAUUCUGAGGAUCUGCCGCGUGGAACAAAACAAUAUAAUCCUUGAAAGACUCUGAGCCGAGACACGAAAGAAUGUAUAGCUGGCUACCCAUCUUUUGUAUAAAAUCCAAGCCUUGAAAAAAAGGGCCAACGGAAGUGUAAAAAUAUAACGCAGGCGGUGGGGACGGGAAAGGAAUGGGGGGUGGUUGCGGUGCUAUAACGAGGAAUGAAAGGCAUGCGGGAUGGUCCACGAUUCCUUCCAUUGCUUCGUGUUAUGGGGAACAGUCUGGGCGGCUAUUAUUGGAUCUAUUUUGGGGCGUCUCUUAAUGUUGUUAUAGCCAUACAAGCAUGUGAGGAUGGUAUUAAGGAGAGUAGCGAACAGGAAAUAAACACACGAGUACAAUUUUUGCAUCUGGCAGGAUCACAUCAAAACAAGAGCCAUAGAAAAGUCGACAUCGUUUCCAGACCAGUUCUAGUUCUAGUUCUAGGUAGAUUUAGGCCCAAGUCUGGUUCUAGGUAUAACUAAAACACUGCUAGAAUAGUCCCAGCUGGAAAUAGCGCUAACAAGGAACACUUGAGGUCCGG